GGUAGUAACACGAGAGGCGCGUGGCAGCAUCUAGUUUAACAGAUAAAACGCCUUUCCUGCAUCAGAGGUAACUGUAACUGCAAAACGAUCAUUUCUUUACACUCAAACAAAUCAAUCAAUAAUCAUCAUCGCUUUCUCUUUCUCUUUCUCUCUCACGAUUUGAGAUGGGGAUAUAUCUGAGUACCCCGAAAACAGAGAAGGCCUCUGAAGAUGGUGAGAAUGGCAUGCUUCGCUUUGGUUUGUCUUCCAUGCAGGGUUGGCGUGCUUCUAUGGAAGAUGCUCAUGCAGCUCAUCCGUAUCUGGACGAGUCUACGUCUUACUUUGGUGUUUAUGAUGGCCAUGGAGGUAAAGCUGUUUCAAAAUUUUGUGCCAAGUUUCUACACCAGCAGGUGCUUAGGCAUGAAGCUUAUUUAGCUGGAGAUAUAGCCACGUCUUUACAGAAAUCUUUCCUCAGAAUGGAUGAGAUGAUGCGUGGACAAAGAGGGUGGAGAGAAUUAGCAGUCUUGGGAGAUAAAAUGGAAAAGUUGUCUGGUAUGCUUGAGGGGUUUAUAUGGUCUCCCAGGAGUAGUGAAGCCAAUGAACGUGCCGAUGAGUGGGCUUUUGAGGAGGGACCCCAUUCUGAUUUCAGUGGGCCUAACUGUGGAAGCACGGCGUGUGUGGCUGUCAUCAGAGGAAACAAACUUGUUGUUGCAAAUGCUGGUGAUUCUAGAUGUGUGUUAUCAAGGAAAGGCCAGGCACACAAUUUGUCUAAAGAUCACAAGCCUGAUCUUGAGGUUGAGAAAGACAGGAUUCUAAAAGCUGGCGGUUUCAUCCAAGUUGGACGAGUCAAUGGAAGUUUGAACUUGGCUAGAGCAAUUGGAGAUAUGGAAUUCAAGCAGAACAAGUAUUUGCCUGCUGAAAAGCAGGUUGUGACUGCUGAUCCUGACGUAACUUCGGUUGAGCUUUGCAAAGAUGAUGAGUUUCUUGUGAUAGCUUGUGAUGGGAUAUGGGAUUGCAUGUCCAGCCAGCAGCUUGUGGACUUCAUACAUGGCCAGUUAAAGACGGAGAAUAAACUUUCUGUGGUUUGUGAGAAAGUAUUCGAUAGGUGCUUGGCACCAACAGCUGGUGGUGAGGGAUGUGAUAACAUGACCAUGAUCUUGAUUCAGUUCAAAAAUCCUCUGACUUCAGAUGCUUCUGUCACAGACCAGCCUGAGUCAUCUGUUCAACCCACUCCAUUACCUCCGGCACAACAGUCUGAAUCUGACAGAAAGUUAGAUUAAGUAGAAUUGAAGUGAGAGAAUUUCAGACUCAGGCAGAUGGUCGUCAAUUUCUGACUGCAUGUUGAAGCAUUAGUGAGGGGAGGUGGUUCAUGGCUACUAUAUUUCCAGAUUUCAGAUUCCUGUCGUUAAUCCUCGAUUGAGGAUUGUAAAUUUGUGACAAACUGCUAGUUCAUGGGGUUAUUGGCUUUGUACAUAAGUUUGGUGACUUGAAUAUGAAUGGAAAAAAGCGUUAAGCAAGCAAAUACUGGUGUAGACACAGUUACAUGGAUGUUUAAAAUGACCUUUUUGGUAUCAUACAAAUGACAACAUGAUUGUUAACUGAAAGAACAGUAAGAACCUGUCUCCGGAGUCAUAUUCAUUAUAUCCACAAUUUGUAGAAGUUUCUUAGGAAUUCGGUGCAAUGUUGUCGAUAUUACAGGUCAUUUCUUUUGUUUCUGCACACUACCCCCAACCAGUUUGUUGAUGCUCAUGUGAUUAUUAGUUUUUGUCGCAUGGAGAUGAUACUUCCUUGGUUCUAUUGAAGUUGAUAACUAAUAAACAUAGAAUCUGAAAUAUGACAAUGGUCUUCAACUAA